AUGAAUGUAGAGACACGUAUCUCCACAAUCAAAAAAUAUGGUUAUUGCUAUAACUGCUUGGCUAUUUCACAUAGCUACAAGAACUGUGUGAGUAAAUUCUCGUGUCGUAAGUGUCACAAAAAACACAAUACUCUGAUACACAGAGAAUCCAGCUUUCGACCUGAAUCAACUCCGGAAAUGCCAAACGUCACUAGUUCGAGCCCUGAAAACGCUUCAAGUACCGCAUUACCUACCCAAAGCACAAAUACAAAUCGGCAAGCCUACACUACAACUAUACAGUCCACUAUAUCAUCAAUGGUUCAAAUAGAACAUAAUGGCCAACGAUAUUCCGCGAGAGCUCUUAUUGAUUCAGGAUCGGAAGCCACAUUUAUAUCUCGAAGACUUCAAAGAAGUUUGGAUAUACCCACCCACUCUACAUCAGCCCAAGUGACCGGACUAAACAAUGCAGUUUCAGCAACACCAACGAGUAUUUGUGAAAUCACGCUUUGCUCACCCUUAAACACAAAUUAUAAGCUAUCAGCACAGGCAUUUAUACUAAAUAGUCUAACUGAUAAUUUACCCUCAUACCCCAUAGAUCCAAAGCAGUGUCUUAAAAAUCUUGGAUUCACAUUAGCCGACAAUCAAUUUCACAAACCCAGACCCGUGGAUAUACUAAUCGGUAGUGAUAUCUAUCCAAGUAUUUUACUCAAUGGAGUAAAGAGAAACGUACUAGGUUCAAUCUUAGCUCAAGAGACAGAAUUCGGAUGGAUAUUGUCCGGACCCAUAACCCAACCCUCCCAAAAUUCCACCAUAGUUUCAUUUCACAAUAAAGUGAACCCUGAGAAUCUACUCACACGUUUUUGGGAGGUGGAGGAAAUCCCAAAGGAAUCCGUAGUUUCCAAAUCAGAUCAAAUUUGUGAGGAAAUUUUCCAAAAAACUACCCGUCGUAACCCAGAUGGGCGCUAUAUAGUAACCCCACCCUUCAAAGAACCCGACAAUAUUGAUAUCGGAUACUCUAGACAUAUAGCGUUGGCCCAAUUCCUCAGAAAUGAACGAGCUUUACUUAAAAAACCCGAAGUGAAAGCAGAGUAUGACAAAGCAAUUAUGGAAGAUUUGGAACUCGGACAAAUGAAGAAAGUAGAAUAUGACCCUUCUGUUAAAGCGACCCAGUAUUACUUACCACACCACGCAGUCAUUAAACCCGAUCGUAUAACCACGAAAUUGCGUGUGGUAUUUAAUGCAUCUUGCCCCACGUCAAAUAACAAAAGCUUAAAUGACGUCUUACAUAUUGGGCUGACUUUACAGAAAGAUCUUGUUAUUCUGAUAACAAAUUGGCGACUCUUCCAAUUCGUUUUUAAUGCGGAUAUUCAGAAAAUGUACCGGCAAAUACUCGUAGACCCUAAACACACUCGGUUCCAAAGGUCAUUAUUUAGGAAGUCCCCGGAAGACACAAUAGAAGACUUCGAAUUGCAAACAGUCACGUUCGGCAUAAAUUGUGCGCCGUAUUUAGCGAUCCGUACCCUCAUGAAGCUAGCCGAUGAUGUUGAAGAAACCCACCCAUUAGCAGCCAAAAUACUUCGCCAGGAAAUGUAUGUAGACGAUGUUUUAGCUGGAACACAUGACCUGACCACGGCAAAGUCAGCACGAGAUGAACUCAUUUCCGCUCUGAAGACCCCAGGAUUCGCUCUGCGAAAAUGGACCUCCAAUGACCCACACAUUCUGAAAGGACUUCCACAGGAUCAUCUUUUAGAGACGGAAACACUCAACCUUUCGGAACCCGAGAACACCAAAACCCUGGGCAUUCGAUGGAACUCCAAAAAGGAUUCAUUUUUCUUCCUCGUCAACCCAAUGGAGAAAAAACCCGCAUACACCAAACGUGAAGUUUUAUCAGCCAUAGCAAAAUUGUUUGACCCAGCCGAUCCAAAUGAAUGGAACAUCAAUCAGCAUUACAUUGGAGGGAAACAAAUCGUAAGAAUCCUGAAAGUUGUUAAUGAUAUUGCUGAGCGUGGAGUCAAACUGUUUGAAGACUUCAAUAAGCUUCUAACAAAUGAUGAAGAAGAGAAGCAGUUGCUCCUACAAGUGGUAGAAGCUAAUAGAAACAUCAAAAUUAGCUCAAAUAAUGAUACAAAGUUUUGUUUGGAAUGUAACGCAGUUAUAACACACAAGUUACCCAAAAAACCAUAUGAGCGAGACUUAAGUGACGAUGUGAAAAUGCGCUUCGAACACUUGGUUCUCGCUGACCCUCAAUUCCACAGCAACAAGGAACUAACGUUGGAGAUUGGAGCGGAUAUGUACCCUCAAAUUAUCAGAAGUGGACUCUUCAAACCCGAUAAUGGUACAGUGGUGGCGCAGAACACAGCAUUUGGCUGGACCCUUACUGGCACCAUCUAA